AUGAAGGCGCGCGGCGCUUCUUGUUUGUUUACCGGUCCGCUUCAAAUCCACGUUUAUUUCAUUCUUGGUUUGCAGAUUUUCUUCAUAGCCUUUACAUUUUUCGUCGACGUGUUUACGUUACACGUGAAGUUUUGCGACGAGGAGAGCAAUUUAAAUCAUACAGAGGAGGACAUUUCCACUAAUAUUUCCACUAUCAUAAACCGGACGGACAAUCUCAACUACCUCGCAAGUGGUCCCUCAUGUCACAAUUAUUACUUUCCACACGGACAGGCAACAUACAUGACAGGAUUGCUUAUCGGAUCUUUAUUCGGUGGCGCUUUAUCUGACAAAUACGGAAAGAAAUGUCUCCUCAUAUGCUGCUCAGCUGUCCACGCGGCUGCUACCGUCAUCGUCGCAUUUCUGCCGUAUGCACGCGUGUACUUGACCGCGCGCUGUGUCAGUGGAGCAGCCAGUAGUGUCAUUUACAUUUGCACCUAUAGUUUAGGGGUCGAAUGGAGCCUGCCGAAGUAUCGUAUCUGGCCACCUACCCUAUUUUCUUUCAUCUUCAGUCUGGGAAUGAUGGGAAUGGCUGGCAUUGCUUUUUUGACCAGUGGCUGGAUGCAGUUUCAUCUGGCUCUGGGCAUUCCUCAGAUUGUCUUUCUACCUCUUUAUUUCUUUCUUCCAGAAUCUCCUCGAUGGCUACUACUCAAUAAGAGGCUGGAAACACUGGAGGACUAUCGAAAUAAAAGUCCUGAGGACAAACACUACCUAGGUCUGCUUUUGAACUCAAUGGACAGUGAGGAUCAAAAAUCCCUCCCACAGAAGACCUACACUAAAACACAGACGAAUUUGACCAACUUUACAUCACCUAUACUGCUGCGCCUGUUUAUCAUGAGUUACAUUGGUUUUGUUUCUGCUCUCACCUAUUAUGGAAUAUGCUUCAGUAUUGGAAGUUUCGGAGUAAAUAUCUAUUUGGCACAGUUUUUCUCCGGACUUUCGGAGUCUCCUUCCUUACUUCUCCCAUUUCUGUUGAAGCGAUGUGGCCGUAGACCCUUCAGCAUGGCCUCUCUAUUCCUCAGUGGCAUUUCCUGUAUGCUCUCCCUCCUCGUCUCCAAUUUCUGUGACAUGCCGGGUCUUGUUAUAACGCUGGCUUUAAUGGGAAAGCUAUGUAUGCAGUCUACCACCUGUGUCUCCAUGCUUUAUGGAAUUGAGCUAUUCCCAACUGUCAUUAGGCAGAAGUGCAUUGGCCUGGUUAGCCUUUGUUACAGAGUGGCUUGUAUUAUAAAUGCAGUGGUGCCCCCUGAAGGUGGGAUCCCUCUGCCAGCUAUGAUCUGUUAUAGCAGUGGACCAAUCAUCGGCACAGUCCUCUGUCUGCUUCUUCCAGAGACCAGCGGCAUCCCUUUACCUGACACAGUAGAGGACUGUGAGAAACAGCCCAGACUGAAGCUCUCAUGCUCUGCACGAUGGCCGUUAAAGUCGACACAAGAACCAGAAGACUUGAAGGACAUUAAUCACAAGCUAGAAAGUUGUCCUCUCUCAGCACAGUUAGCAAACUGCUAACAUUUGUCCCCAGAAUGUGAACUUUUCAGUUUUAUUUUUUUAUAAAAGUAAAGGUCUAAGCUGGGUAUAUCAGCUUUUUAAACAAUAUUUAAGGACAUUACAAUACAGUAGUGUUACUGUAUAGGAUAUUUGAACUAUAUAAACUGUGUGGGUGAUAUUCAGCCUGUCAAAAUGUCAUGUUUUACUGGAGUCAUGUAAUGUUGGUGUUGGUAAAAAAUGUCUUUAAAACAUUUAUAUGGGGUUUUCCUUUAAGAUGUACUUUAUUUUGUGAAGUUUUUAUUUGACAAAUGCAUACUGUAGUAUCGAUUUGCUAUUUUUGCUAAGCUCAGAUUUUUUUGUAAUAUUUUACCUACACAAAAACACUUGGGGCAAAGUCUUGUGUAAUUCUUACACAAGUCUUACAAUGAAACGUACAACAUGCAGGUUCAAUCAGUUUUGUUUUGAUCUGCUUUAAUGGAUCUCAUCCAAAAUGUAUGUGUAUGUGUCUUGAUUGUCACGUUAUGUGUGGGAGACGUUCACUUAUCUGUAAUGCUUUAUUGUAAUUAUAUGUUUAAAUUUAAGAAGACACAGCCAAUUGUACAGCCUAGAUUGUCCUACAUUGCACUUCUGUGUAAACAAAGUUAAUGAUAUGUUGUCACGCCUUAAAUAUAUCAGAAAUUAAACUGGUAUGGUAUGUUCCAGUUUUUAUAU